UAUCGAAAGAAAGGAAGGAAACGCUAGAAAGAGAGGAUCUUGGACGAAGGAAGAUGGCAGACCGCCGCUAUUUAACAGACUUCGAAGAUAAUGUUUGGCGUAAUCGUUGUAAACGUUAUUCGUUGGAUGAUCAUCGUCGUUAUUGUGAGCUUCAUAACGUCAAAGUCAUCGAUCCAUAUGCUAUUCUGGCUAAGAGGCGUACACCAGCAGAUAUAGAAUCAGCCCGUAACUAUACGCGAUAUGUGCUCUCCCUAGGGGAAGAUGCUUCCAAAGCAAAAGCGGAACAAGGAAGAGGAGGAGGAGGACUCGAGCGCCCUGCUGUCGACUCUCAAGCUAGUUCCCUAAGAUCAAAGCCUUAAUUAGACGAUUUCAAGGAUUUUCGGAAAACAUGUUUUGUAACUCAAUAAGCUAAAAGCUUUAGUCAAGGAGAGGUUUGGUUGGAGGUCAAACCUUUAAAUAUACACAAAUUGACCCGACUAUUUGCUUUAUUUUUUAAAUUUUCGCAUUUGAUCA